GCGGGGUAGCUGGAGAUCUCGAUAGCGAACAGCCCAAGCGAACAGCCCACCAUUUACGGAUGCACAGCACAGCAGAACCGUAGCCUGCCAUUGAGUCACCGCCUGCUGGGCUCGGAUCCAUAUAUCAAAGCCUGGCCGACACCCGUCUCUUUUUCAUUGGGACUCUGUAAGACUUCCUCCCGUCUUGGGCCUCCACGACGUCAACCGCCCGUCUGCCAACCACACGCGCCCACCAUGGAGCCAGCCAAGGAGGCCAUCGACGCCCUCGCUGAGGGCGUCAAGAAGGUCGUCGUUGGCGCCGGCCAGCCCAAGGAGGGCAAGAAGGGUGCCGCCAAGAAGGAGAAGAAGGGCGCCGCUGCUGCCGCCGCCGACGCCGGCCCUCUCGAGCUCAACCCCCCGCCGUCGUUCCUGCAGGACCGCGUCGAGCUCUUCGACCGCCUGAAGAAGGAGUAUGAUGCCGAGGUCGCCCAGAAGCCGCGCGACCCCAUUACCAUCACCAUGCCCGACGGCAGCGUCAAGCCGGGCGUCGCUUGGCAGACUACCCCUGCCGAUAUCGCCAAGGGCAUCUCCACCAGCCUCUUCAAGCGCACCGUGGUCGCGAGGUUGGAUGGCGACAAGGAGCAGCUGUGGGACCUGGAGCGUCCACUCGAAAGGAGCUGCAAGCUGGAGCUGCUCGAUUUCACCGACCCCCAGGGCAAGUUUGUCUUCUGGCACUCCAGCGCACACAUCCUUGGCGAGGCCACCGAGCGCCGUUUCGGCUGCAGCCUGUGUAUCGGCCCCCCGGUCGACAAUGGCUUCUACUACGAGAUGGCGCUGCCCGAUGGAGGUGCUGUCCAGGCCACCGACUGGAAGCCCCUCGAGACCAUCGUGUCCAAGAUCGUCAAGGAGAAGCAAAAGUUCGAGCGCCUUGUGCUGAGCAAGGAGGACCUGCUGGAGAUGUUCAAGUACAACAAGUACAAGCAGCAUAUCAUCAAGGACAAGAUCGCCGAUGGCACCAAAACCACCGUGUAUCGCAACGGUCCCCUUAUCGACCUCUGCAGGGGGCCCCACGUCCCCGACACAGGCAGGAUCGAGGCCUUCGCUAUUAUGAAGAACUCUGCCAGCUACUUUCUUGGCGACAAGGACAACGACUCGCUUCAGCGCAUCUACGGUGUCAGCUUCCCCACCAAAAAGGAGCUCACCGAGUACAAGAAGUUCUUGGAAGAGGCUGCCAAGCGUGAUCACCGCCUGAUUGGCAAGCAGCAGGAGCUCUUUUUCUUCCACGACUACAGCCCCGGCUCCGCCAUGUGGCUGCCCCACGGAACCAGGAUCUACAACACCCUGCUGGCAUUUAUCCGCGAUAUCUACUGGGACAAGAACUACGAGGAGGUCAUCACCCCCAACAUCUACAACGCCGACCUGUGGAAGCAGUCGGGCCAUUGGGAGUUCUACAAGGACGACAUGUUCGUUAUCCAACAGGAUAAGGAGACCUUUGGCCUCAAGCCCAUGAAUUGCCCCGGACACGCCCUCAUGUUUGCCCACCGCGAGCGCUCGCACCGUGAGCUGCCGUGGCGCGUUGCCGACUUUGGUGUCCUCCACCGCAACGAGGCCUCGGGUGCGCUCUCGGGCCUGACACGAGUGCGCCGCUUCCAACAAGACGACUCCCACAUCUUCUGCCGUGAGGACCAGAUCAAGGACGAGAUUCUCGACCUGUUCGACUUCCUGAGGAAAAUGUACAGCGUCAUGGGUCUCACUUUCAAGUUACGCCUAUCCACCCGCCCCGAAAAGUACAUGGGCGCCCUGGAUACCUGGAACAAGGCCGAGGAUUCCCUCCGCGAGGCGCUCGACAUUUUCUCUACAUCCGAGGGCGGCGUCCCUUGGGAGCUGAACGAGGGCGACGGUGCCUUCUACGGACCGAAAAUCGACAUUGCUAUCAUGGACUGUCUCAACCGCGAGUGGCAAUGCGCCACGAUCCAGCUCGACUUUGUGCAGCCUCAGAACUUUGGCCUGGAGUACAUGGCAGGCGAGGACACGGCCGAGACCAAGGCCAAGGCUGAGGAAGCCAAGUCGACCGCGCCACAGGCGCCCAAGGUCAAGGUCAAGGACCCUCAGGCCGUUAUCGACUCGUCCAACGCAGCGGCCAAGGCAGGAGAGGCGGCUGCUGCCGGUGCCGAAGGCGAGAGUAAGAAGGAGAAGGUCAUCAAGAAGCUCACUCCAGGCUGCGCACGCCCCGUCAUGAUCCAUCGUGCCAUGGCCGGAUCCAUCGAGCGGUUCACGGGUAUCUUGUGCGAGCACUUUGCCGGAAAGUGGCCAAUGUGGCUGUCUCCCCGCCAGAUUCUCGUGGUGCCCGUCGGCAAGGGUUUCUACGACUACGCCGAGGAGGUCAGGGGCAUCUUCAAGAAGGCCAAGAUGCACAUUGAUGUCGACACUUCUGGAAACACGCUGCAGAAGAAGAUUCGCACGGGACAGCUAGCGCAGUACAACUUCAUUUUCGUCGUGGGAGCCGAGGAGAUGAACGGUAGACAAGUCAACGUCCGCAACCGCGACGAUCCGGCUACCCAAGACCGUGGCCAGCCCAUAGCGCUAGACGAGGCCAUCGAGAAGCUCACCAAGCUGAGGGACGAGAGGGGGACCUACAACCCAUUCCCUGCACCCGCCAAGCCGGAAGCGACGAAGCCUACCGCCUCCUGAGUGUAUACGUAACUUCGUGCUGUGAUGGCUGGGUGUGACAAGAGGUGCCUAGAAAAGACGGAGAACAAAAUAUAGAAACAAGAAAUGUCGUCAAAUCCACAGAUGAAUCGGGAGCCUUAUUAAGUAGAAAGUGACAUUAAAUCAUGAUUGGUUGUUUACUGUAGUUUACACAAACAACCCUUGUUUGUCG